AUGAUUAUUUUAACACACCUAAAGUCUGGAGCUAUAUUCCUUUCUCUCGGAGUAUUGUUAUUAUGCGAUUUGACUUCGUCUCAAUGGACAAAAAGAUUAAAUCGUAGAGAUAUCCCUGAAAGUCAUAUUAAAUUCAAUAAACCGCGUAUUUGUGAUAGCGUUAAACAGUAUUCAGGAUAUGUUGAUGUUAGUAGCACUAAACAUUUAUUUUUUUGGUUUUUCGAAUCGAGAAGUAAUCCUGACAAAGAUCCGCUCGUUCUUUGG